UCCAACUGUAAACUAUCAGCCCAUCCCAAGUUUUAUCCAAAGACUAAAAAUGAAAUUCUUCAUUGCUUUUGCUCUUUUGGCCGUAGCUGCCGCCGAUGUCAGCCAUCUGUCCAAGAAAUACUUGCCAGCCACCCAAAACAGUGUGGAAACCAGCUAUACUUCCUCAGCUUCGGCUCCAGCUCCUGCCCCAGUAGCCCAAUCAGCCCCCGCAGCUGCCCCAGCUCCCGCUCCAGCUCAAGUUCAAACUCCAGCUGCCACCUAUGGUGCCCCUGUUGUGCAACAAAGCUAUUCGGCCCCCGCUGUUCAACAGACCUACAGUGCUCCUGCUACCUUCCAACAGGAAUACAGUGCUCCCGUUGCAGCUCCAAUCAGUGAAUACUUGCCCCCUGUCCAACAGACCUUCUCUGCUCCCGCUGUGCACCAGUCAUUCUCUACCCCAGCUUUCCAACAAUCUUUUGCUGCUCCAGCUGUUAGCUAUGCUGCCCCAGCUGUUAGCUAUAGCGCUCCCGCUGUCAGCUACUCGGCUCCAGCUGUCCAACAAACGUUUGCCCCUGCUCCCUCAGUUAGCUAUUCCGCUCCAGCUUUCCAACAAUCCUUUGCCGCUCCUGCUGUAAGCUACUCUGCCCCAGCCGUUCAACAAACUUACUCCGCUCCCAGCUUCCAAAGCUCAUUCGCUGCCCCAUCUGUUCAGACCUCCUUCUCUGCACCAGCUUUCCAAACCUCAUAUGCUGCUCCAGCUGUGCAAACCUCCUACUCCGCCCCAUCAUUCCAACCAUCCUUCACCGCCCCAGCUGUCAGCGUCUCCAGUGGCAACUUGGGUACUCAGUACGCUGCCAACGGCGGUUAUGUUUACAAGAAGAAGUAG